AUGGAGAUGUCCCACAUGAACAACAGCAGCAAGGCCUUCUGGGCAGAGAUGCCAUGGGUGGAUUUGAAUGAGUGUCCCACCUCUCUAAGUGGAACUACUUUCCUCAUAGUGGCCUACAGUACUGUGAUUGCUGUCGGCCUCAUCGGCAACAUCUGCCUUGUCUUCAUUAUAUCAAGGCAGAAGGAGAUGAGGAACGUGACCAACAUCUUCAUCGCCAACCUCUCCUGCUCCGACAUCCUCAUGUGCAUCGUGUGCCUUCCUGUCACAGUCAUCUACACCCUGAUGGACCGCUGGAUCCUUGGAGAGGCCCUCUGCAAGGUCACGCCCUUCGUCCAGUGCAUGUCCGUCACAGUCUCCAUCUUCUCCUUGGUGCUGAUUGCUCUGGAGCGUUACCAGCUCAUCAUCCACCCCACUGGCUGGAAGCCUGUGGUGGGGCACUCCUACUUGGCAGUUGCCAUCACCUGGUUGGUGGCGUGCUUUAUCUCUCUACCAUUUCUCUCCUUCAACAUUCUCACCAAUGCCCCCUUCCAAAACCUGAGCCUCCCUUUCAAUCCCUUCACAGACCACUUUAUCUGUAUGGAGCUGUGGCCAUCAGAGCAGAACAGACUUGCCUACACCACCUCACUGCUGCUCUUCCAGUACUGCUUGCCCUUGCUGCUCAUUCUUAUCUGCUACCUGCGCAUCUUCCUGCGACUACGCCGACGCAAGGACGUAGUGGAAAGAGCACGGGAACCAAAGCAGAAAAAAGCCAAAGGAGCAAAGAGGAUCAACACUAUGCUGGCCUCCAUUGUGGCCGUCUUUGCUCUCUGCUGGUUACCUCUCAACGUCUUCAACACACUGUUCGACUGGCAUCAUGGAAUCAUCCCCGCAUGCCAACACAACAUCAUCUUUUCUGCCUGCCACCUCACGGCCAUGGCCUCCACCUGUGUCAACCCUGUCAUCUAUGGCUUCCUCAACAGCAACUUCCAGAAGGAGCUGAGGGCCACACUUUACCGCUGUCGCUGUUGGGGGAUACCAGAGAGCUAUGAGAGUUUCCCACUUUCUACAGUCAGCUCAGAGGUCACCAAGGUGUCCUCUCUGAGUGUGAACACCUAG